AUGUUUACGUUUAAUUAUUUUUACAGGUAUCUCUACUACAGGAAGAGAAAUCUACUCUUCAAUCAGAGAACGAACGACUUAUUUCCGAAAUCCGCCGACUCGCCAAUUCCGGCAUCGGUAAAUGUGUCACUACCGGUUGUGCUGACAAUGGAAGUAGCCCUGGAGGUCCACUUUCGGGAAGCACUUGUAACCCUUCGUCCGGAAGUGCCGAUGUUGGCACAACUGGUGGCCCAGGUAUGCUCUAUGUAA